AUGUUGGAAGGGAAAGCAAACGUGAGGAUAGACAGACUCCUUCAACUAUUCAUUGCCGAGCUGGAAGAGGACCGGGAGAUUAUGAAGGAGAGAGGACUGGAGGAAGGAAGGUACAGGCUCCAGCAACAUCACAAGACGCACACGUCGGCUAUCAACAAAUAUUGUGGGCAGCAGCAACGUGCCACUGUUGUUGGUCGUGGGACCUGGGAAGUGAAAGAGAACGGCAUUUCAUAUCGUGUGGAAGAAUACUAUUUUCCAUGCGACAAAGAAUUCAACAAUCAUUGGCGAAGAGAAGGGUGUGGUGCAUGCCCUUAUGCGUUUUCUUGCACCUGUCCUGUGGAUGUGAAAAGUGGAAUAAGCUGUGUGCAUGUUCAUGCAGCUCUGAUGUACGCAGCAUCAGGACGCCGUUCGCAGGGAGAUGGCGUUUCCUCAGUAGUUGAUGGAGAAGCUGAAAAUGAGCAUAAUGGACCGUACAGCAGCGACGGAGACGAAGAGAUGAUGGAAGUAAUGGUGAAGGAUGAUGUGGAAAAGGAGAUGGAAAUGAUGUGUGCGUCAGCUCGUGAGAGUAUGCUUAAAGUGAUGAGAGAACCAACGGAAGGCACGGAAAUGGAGAUAGAGCAGGCGCUGCAACAAAUGGACGAACUAACCAAGAGGUUAGGCUUGUUGGCAGAGAAUGUUGGAAGGAACGGAGACACUCCACGCCUUGCCCGCCGUCAUGACGUACCUUCGGUCGCCUGCCCUCAAGCGUUGACUCCGAUAAGGAAACUAUAUAAGCGCGCCCACUUACGCAAGGCAGAACAGGCUAAGCGAAAGACAGUCCUGGACAUUCCGGACUGUGCGCAAGACGAAAGGGACGCGUGUGCUAUAUGCCUUUGGAUGCAGCCUAUCACUGGUAGCACAAACCAUCGAAUUUGUUGGAUUCAAUGUCUAACAUGCGAAGACUGGAUGCAUACCGACUGUAUCAGCAACAACGUGCGCCCUCGCGAAGUAGCAGAGUUGCAGAGAAGUGAUGUGUAG